AGUGCGGCAGUGAGAUCCGAGCGCUCGGAGCGCGAGGGGUCGGAGGAGCCGGGAGCGAAGGACGGGGAGCAUCGAGGGGUGAAGCAAUUCUCGGCGGUCCCACGCUCAGCCCCCUCAGACUCAGCAUCCCCCCCCACCCCGACCACCCCCACCCCACCAUUAUGAAAGCCAUCAGCCCGGUGCGGUCGGUCAGGAGCUGUUACGAGGCCGUUUGCUGCCUCUCGGAGCAGAGUUUGGCCAUCGCCCGCAGCAGCAACAACAAGAGCCCGGCGCUGGAGGAACCCAUGAAUCUGUUGUACGACAUGAACGACUGCUACUCCAAAUUGCGGGAGUUGGUGCCGGGCAUCCCGCAGGGCACCAAGCUGAGCCAGGUGGAGAUCCUCCAGCACGUCAUCGAUUAUAUCUUCGACCUGCAGAUCGUGCUGGAAGAGGGGGCCAAGGGGCGAGACCCCUCCUCGGAGGCCACCCUGCUGUCCCUUAAGGCGGCUGAGUUGGCCUCCGGGCUGUGCUCCAAAGACGAGAGAAGUUUGUGUCACUAACGCCUCCUCCAUCAGUGCCGAUUAGCAAACACGCACCGACCGUCGGUUCCCGAUUCGUUAUCAGCCGGAGGUAACGAGCCGCUUCCUGCACGGCGCCGGGCGGCUGCGGCCCCCCCCCGGACCCCCCUUCGUGCUGUGCUAUGGGGCUGCGGACCCCCCCGUGCUGUGCUAUGGGGCUGCACCCACCUCCCUUCACCUCGGGGGCUCCAAUACUCAGACGACAUCGGGAGAGAUGCGGCUGCUGACCCCAACCCGGAGCUGCCCCGGCUGCGACUUUUGGAGCGGCGCUCCCCAAAUCCCGGCUUUCUUUUUAGGACUUUUUUUUCCCCCUUUUUUCUUUAGGACUUCUUAUUUUUUCCAACCCGCUGAUAAAAAAAAAAAAGACACUUUCUUCGAUAGACUGGUGAAGAUGCGGUUGUCUGUAUAUUUUUGGAUUAUAGCGAGCGAGUCCUUUGUAAAGGUGUUUAAUGUGGGGGGGAGGGGAGGGGUUGGGGAGGGGGUUGAAGAUGAGGGGGGGGGGGUUGAGAGCGGUGUUUGGGGGGAGGGGAGGGGGGGGGUGGGGUCCUCGGAUGCCAACCAAACUCUGGGGCCGCGGCCUCGUGUAUUGUGGAGCUCUAUACUAGAGUAUAACGUUUGUACCUUUUGUGCAGGAAGGUGAAUUUCUGCGGACAUGCCUUGUAUUUGCUUUAUAAACUUUUUAUAAAAGUUACCGUUUUUAUGUAAUAAA